AUGGCGGAGCAGCUCUUCCUCGAGGGGCAGCUCCCCGACUUCUCCCUGCUCCAGCGGCUGCUCUGCCUCGAGCCCGAGCCCUGCGGGUCGCUGCUGCCGCCCGGCAGCCCCGGGGGCGACGCCGCCGCCGCCGCCAGUGGGGCCGCGGAGCUGCCCCCGGGACCCCCGGCCCCCGCCGGGCUCGGCCUCACCUUCCUGCAGGAGUCGGCGCGGCUGCUGGACCCCCCCGCGCCGCCCCCCGAGGGGCCCCCCGGGCCUGACGAGCCGCCUCCCUCCGGCAGCCCCGGACCCUCCGGCAGCCCCGGACCCUCCGGCCCCGACGCCCUGAGCCUCAUCAGCCUCCAGUGCCGGCACCUGGCCGGCGGCCCGGGGCGCCGACGGCCCCGCAAGCAGGCGGCCCCGCGGCGGGGGGCCGAGCCCCGCGACCCCGCUUUCCGGGGGGUGACGCUGCGCCUGCGCCUGCGCCUCUGCCCCCGCAGCCCCGACGGCUACCGGCUCCUCAUCACCGCCCGCGACGGCAGCGAGGCCGGCUGGAAACGGAGCCAGGACGGCAGCGCCGGUGGCGCCUUCACCGGGGAGCUCGGGGCGGCCAGCAGCUCCGACGAGGACUCACCCCUCGCACGGAGGAGCCGGCGCUGCGCCUCCUGCAAGACCCGUCGGACGCCGCUGUGGCGGAUCGCCGAGGCCGGGACGCGGCUCUGCAACGCCUGCGGCAUCCGGUACAAGAAGUACCGGCUGCGCUGCUGGCGCUGCUGGAAUAUUCCCCGGCGGAGCAGGAAGCCGUGCUCACGCUGCUCCAACUGCGGGGAGGCGCUGCGGCCGCCGGGAGCCCAGCCGAGGAGCGGGAGGAGGUGA